AUGUUUAUUUAUGAGAUGUAUAUCCAGCAUAUUUCUUUGUCAGAUAUCAUUACCCACCAGGGAAAGAAUGAUAUUAAGAUAGAAUUUUGUCUAGUAGUACUAUUCUUUUUGUGUGUGCUCAGUCACUCAGGUAUGUCCAACACUUUUGCAAUUCCAUGGACUGUAGACCCCAAAGCUACAAGGCUCCUCUAUCCUUGCAAUUUUCCAGGCAAAAACACUGGAGUGGGUUGCCAUUUCCUACUCCAGGGGAUCUUCCCAACCCAGGGAUCGAACUCACAUCUCCAUGUAUUCUGCAUUGACAGGAAGAUUCUUUACCACUGCACCACCUGGGAAGCCCUAGUACUGUUCAAUACCAAGUGCUAA